GCUCAGCCUUGGCUGCCACGGACAGGAACUACAGAUCCUUCAAACGAUUCCGUUCGAUCGGGUACACAUCAAAAUCAUUUCCAUCCAUCUCGUGCACUACUACGAGGAGGACGAAAUGCUGAUCGAUGUCGACGAGUACGUGCAGAGCAUCGGACGGUUCCUGAUGGGCAAAUCCUACAAGCUGGUGCGCAGUUUCGAUCGAAACUUUAUCUACCAACACAUUUCGGUCGCUUCGGCCGCUAAACAACGCCAACAACAGCAGCAACUGCAGCAGCUCCGCCAGCAACACAUCGCACUGCCAGACGGUGCAUCAUCAACCGGCAACGGGGGACUUGUGGCCCCGCCGCCGCUCCUGACCAUUCUAGCGCCGCACGGUAACGCGAUCAGUUCCGGCGAAAAAGUUGAUCUUACGAUGGCCAUUCGCAAGGGUCAGGAAGGGGCCGGUGGAAGCAUUAAGGUGCCAAUUUCAUUGAGUCCGUCGGUGGUAAAGGUUUUGCCGACGGCUGUACCAACCACCACUGCACCGGCAUCCGCAUCCGCCGUCAACAGUGUACUGCCGUCCACGACUGCCAGGAGCUUGAGCUCGAAAACGGGCGAAAAGCUGGUGCUGUUGCGCGGCUCCGAAACCGACGAUGCCAACGAUUCCGAGUUUUUCGAUGCCGAAUUCACUUCCGACAAUACGAACGAGAGCGAAGAGGAACUGAAGCAGCCACCACCACCGCAGCAGAGACAAUCCUUCGAGGAUGAGACGCGCGAAGAGUUGGAUGACGGUUCCGUCCGUGCUGCAGCUAACGUACUGCCACCGAUGGUGUCCACGCUGUAAACGGCGGCGUGUGGCGGCGGAUGGGAUUAUUUUGCGAAUCACACUUUUUAUCAACUUAAAUCUACCAGUCUAUCAUUCCACAUUUUAUCGUUUACUUUACCUUUAUAGUGUUUAUAUGCAUAGUUCGUUCGAUCGGUUCGAUAUCGAUAGAUGCCUAGUAUUUCCAUCACAAGUGAAGUAGCGUCCCGAAGGCGUGUGCAGGGAACGCAUCAUUUCCUCUAUAUUUAGCAUUUUCUUUGCGUAAUUAUCUUGCUGAAGAAAACGAAAUUAGUAUUCUCAUAUACGAAUCCUCGAUGAUCAUUUACUUGUUUAGCGUUACAGAUUUAGAUAGGUAAAGUGAAAAGCAAGAGGAGCGCCUGGAAGAUUUUGUGGAACUGAGGAAAACAUGUAAGGAAAAAGAAAUGUUUGAAUUGCAUUUAAUUUUCACAAACUCCCCGUCACCGGGUGGAUUGGGUAAUUCUUUCAAGAAGGGUUGUAACCGAAGAACAGAUUUGAGUUUUGUUUGUGGCCGGAGAGAUCAAUGAAAUGACUGGACUGUUGCGAAACGGAGAGAUGAUACUUAUGAGAAUCUUAACAAAGCAAUAGGUUAGCAGUUUUUCCUGUACCGUUGUUAGGCUAGGUGCCUUACCGUACGCUAGGUACGCUACGGACACUCACUUUACAGCUACCGAUGAGUUCGUUCUCGAAAGAGCGGGACGAGUGAAAACAUCAGCAGUACGAGUACGAAAUCGAACCACGUAUGUCGCAACGCCAAUCGUGUUUGGGCCUAAGAAGCCCACAGAAGUGAAGCAAUCCGUUAACCGAUGCGAUUCGUAUUUAUUACAGUUUGCACUAGUUUGGAUCCUAUUUACAGAUAGCUAGAAUUAUAUUGGGCAAGCUCCGGCGAUUGAAGAAACUUUAGAAUGAAAUAUUUUGAUCCAUGGCGCGCGCGUAUAUUUAUAUAUCUCGUUGAUUGCUCUCUUAUCGCGUUUAUCGCGUUUGACACUUUGUUAGAUGUUGGCGAUAAAAUUUCUUCACUUGUCUUACUAUACAAAACGAUUCAGGAAAUCGACGUUUCCUUUCCCUCAACCUAUAUUUGCCGGUAUUGACUAUGGAAAGUGAGGGGUAAAAUUGAACGCUCAACAACUGUCUUGAAACUAGUGAUAUAGCAUAUCAGAACUAAGUGAUUCCUAUUUUUCUAGCGUAACGCGCAUAACGAACUCUCGAAUCGGUCCCCGAAUCCAAAGCAAAUGGAAAUCAUGGACCGUGGGUGUAACGUUAGGGCGAAAGAUACUAUUCUACCAGAACUUCAUUUAUGUUUGCGAACAAAGUAAAAUAGUUUGAGUAGCGCGCGCGCGGUGCACACUCGGGUCUCCUUAAAGAAAAGACACACUCAAUGAUCAAAUAAGGAAUCGCUGCAAUUGGAAGGUAAUGUAGUUUUAUACAUUCACAUCACGUUCCGAAAUGCAUCCGAGAGCAGCGCAGUAUCGAGAUUCGAGGGGCGCGGAACCACAAACCGUUAUUGAAUAAGCUAUGAAGUAAGUGAGAAACAGAAAACAGGAUUAAAACGGAAUUCUUUUUUCUGCGUAAGAAUUGUAAUAAAGAUUAAUAAGCAAAGCAUGUGACGCGUUCGUUCUAUUCUGGGCCAAGGAGGGAUGGUAAACGUUUACAUGGCCUUCCAUAGUUUGUGGCCUCCAACGUGACCCUCGAUGAUUACCCGUGACCUUAGAACUGACUUCACGCACUUGCGUUGGUCUGUUACUAUUAGGGUGCCGAUAGGUCGAUGAGUUGACAACAAAGUGCCGAUGUCAAACGCUUGUUUGUUUAAUGCAAGGCGGAUAUUGU